AUGUCAUUUUUAAGUAGCCCAUCUACAAACCAUAUGAUCACUAAUUUAACGAAAAGAACAAAUGAAUUUCAGUCAAAAAUAGAUCAUAUAUUAAAUACUAUAAGUACAGAAAGUUUACCAUUUCAAAAAAAAUCUUUUGUUUGUUGUGUUAAUUGUUUUGAUACAUAUAAUACUGACUUUGAAUCAAUUGGGAAAUGUGUUAAUAACUGUCAAAAGGGAACAGAGCAUUUUGUUCAGGUUGUUCAGAAUGAAAUGCAAAAUUUACAAAAUAAUUUACAAUCAUGUCAGCAAUCAUGCUUUUAUAAGUAUUCUCCUAAUUAUGCUAAAAGUAAUGCAAGCAUAGACGGACCUACUAUAGAAAAAGAAAUGGAGUGUUGUGUAGUAAAAUGUUUUGAUAAACAUGAACCUAUGUUACCAGAAAUAUCUGAUAGAUUACACAAAACAUUAAAAGAAGAAAUGAAAUAA